UAGUCGCAAAUUGCGACUGUAUGCCGUUGGCUGUAUUGGUAAUAAUACACAGAGUCGCGCACACAACAACUGGCACUACUGGCAGUCAGUUUACCCUCACUCUUUGGCGCGCGCACAAACACACACGUAGUACACAUAGACAGCGCGAAAAUAUAAUCAUAACAUAGGCCGUCGCGCGAGAGUGUCUGUAUAAACUACAGCGACGACUGUGCCUGUCUGUGGUGCGAGGGACGUCGUUGCUCCGUGUGUGCUACGAAACCGAUGUAUAUAUAUACACAGACUUAUGUAGAUGUGGACUGAAAAAGUCGAGCAUUACUCGCUGUUACACACGUGUAAACGCUUGUGAGACGUAUUAAACGCGUUACCGAGUGCAUUUUUCUGUUAUAUUGCAAAAAAUUCCAAGUUUGCAGGAUCCGGAGAGUGGAGUGCGCGCAUGAGUGAAUUGUCGCAACGAGGUCGUCGUCAUCAUCAGCAGAAGCAGCAGCAGCAGUAACAUCAGCAAUAGCAGCAGUACACAGCGAGCAGCAGUACAGCAACAAAUCGACUUAUACACACAGAGAAUCGAAUACAAUAAGAUAUUAGUGCUGAGUGCUAGCUGCAAAGUGACUGUCUCGAGUUUGAGCAAAAUCGGAGCAUCGGACAGUAGGUGUAGCAGAGACCUCACGCGCGCGCACACACACACUUUUUUGUCGCGCGUCUGCUGUUGAAAAGUCUCUACUCGCAACGACCAGGGCCCGCCGCCCUCGAAUUAGGAGUCGACGGUACAAUCGACGGCGAUCGACGUCCGCAAACGAUUCGCGAAACGAGGUGGAGGUUAUAAAGCCUCGUCAACAACAACAGUACGAGCAGCAACAGAGGCUGUUAUAUAGUUACAAAACCGCGAGACCAGUGGUGGUGCUUCAACACUUAAAAUGGCUGACUCCAGGCAGCAGGAGUUUGCCGAUAAUCAAGCCGGUGCCGCACCUGAUACAAAUAGCCAAAAAAGUAGCUCAACACACAACCGUCACUCUCUGCCGAAAGAUUUAAGGCGUAGCCGCAGUAGUCAGUUCGAUGCGGAUUCUCUCGAUGGCGAUCAUCCAUACGAACAUCAAGUUGCGUGUGAAAAUUUAGGCCGAGAGUCCAGCGGCAACAAUGUCGGCACUGCGUCGGGUGGUCUACCCAAGGACAUCGACAGAGCGAAGCUGGUGCGCGAGCGUCAGCAAGAGGAACGCCAACGCAAGCUCGAGGAAAUUCGCCAACAGGCCUUGGCAGCUCAGCGCUUUCGCGAGCAGCGAGACGAGGAGCGACGACGGCGCAUCGAAGAACUCAGAUCUCGCGAUUCCGACAGGCGAAGUCAAGUGGAGGAGCGAAAACGCCAGCUCUGGGAAGCGGAGCGCGAGCGUCGCGAGGCUAUAAUACGGAAAAAUCAGGAGCGCGAGGCUCGCAUCGAGGCGAAGCGCAAGAACGAGCGCUCGCAGAUCGUGUUCGCGUUCGGCAGCUCGACGCCUCGUAUGCUCGAGCCAGCAGACACCGGUGGCAGCGCCGCAGCCGCCGCCAGCAGCAGCUACUGGGCCACGAGACGCGCCACCUCUACUACCAACGUCAUGACCUCGUCCUACUCGGCCGUCGGCUCGUCGCCCGCGGCGCAGAGCCAUCAUCACCAGGCCAGUAAUCAUGGCUCUACGCUGACGAGAAGAUCGUCGGAGAGGGAGUUGGACGGUGGUAGCAAGAAGCGGGCGACUUCGGCCGGUGGCCUCGACAGGAAACCUGAUAUGCGAAUGUCCUCGUCCAUGUACGAGGUGUUCAAUUGGAACGAUAGCGUGAACGAAUCUAUCACGCCUCAUUAUAAAACUAACAAACGAGCCAGUCUCGCUUUGACCCCUACUACCGCUGCCGACUUCUUCUCUGUUUACGAUGAUAAUCCGUCGUCAUCGUCGAGGUUUGACGAUCAACCGAGACGUCCUAUGUCAUUGCGUGCAGGUGACGAUAACGACGGGAUCCCAGCAGCGGGUUGCGCGACGCGUUUCGCGAAUCGUCGCCGCACGGAUCUGGUACCGACGUUGCCCUCGCCGCGCGACCCCCAGCAGCAGUUAUUGACGCCCACAUCGAGCGGUCGCUCAUCCAGCCUGGCCAAAUCGUCGCCGUCGUCCGCCGGUGGUCUACGGGGCAGCAGCGCAGGUCCAGGUUUGCGAAGCGGUGAGGUGACACCGAACAGCCCAUCGUCGCGUCCGCCCAGUGCCCUGAGUCAGCAGAACAGCGGUGCCACCGGUGGUAGUAGCGUCAAUUUGCGCCCACGCACGACCGGUUCGGCGCGCCGACCGCGACCUGCCUCGAUCGCCGGCACUGGCAUGAGCGUCAGCUGCUAUUCUCCAAGUGAAUUGAAGCAACUGAAGGACUCAAAACCCCCUCUACCAAAAGUACACGCUUUGCAGAAGAAGCCGACCACUCCAGUGUCCACAGUCACACCACCCUCAUCAGCUUCUAAAUCAGCUGACAGAAAAUCAUCAGUCAUGUCACGUAGCGUUAGAGCUUCGCCACGAGCUACGCCAAAAGCUACGCCUCUUCAGAGUCCAGCAGUGGAACAACCUCCAAUCGUCCAGGAAACGGUUUCCAAACCAAAAAAUGAGGAUGUACUUGAAGAGCAAAAGGAACCCGAAGUUACCGUAGAAAAGUCUGCUGAAGUUGCAGCGAAAUCAGAUGAAAAUUUGAUUGGCGAUCUAUCAAAAGAUGAAUCAUCUAAACAGGAACAAAAAGAGGAAAAUUUAAUUGACGUUGAGCCAGUUGCAGAAAAAGAGAAAAAUUUUGAAGCCGAUACAACGAUGGAAGGCGAUAUUGAUGAACAUUGUGAUAUGAGUGCAUCGAUGAUUCAAAAGAUCAGAAUCACCACCGAGGAAGAAGCUAAAGCUGCUCUUGCAGAACGUCGCCGAUUGGCCCGUGAGCAGGCUGAAAGAGAAGCUGAACUGGAAAGAUUGCGACUUGAAGAAGAAGCUAGGCUAGAGGCUGAAAGACAGCGUGCCGAGGAGGAAGAACAGCGCCGCUUGGAAGAGGAAACAUUGCGUUUAGCUGAAGAGGCACGUAAGGCCGAGGAACAGAGAUUACAACAAGCCAUCGAAGAGGCUAAGCGUCGCGAAGAAGAGGAUCGGAAACGUCGGGAGGAAGAGGCUCGCCUCAAGGCUGAGAAAGAGGAAGCCGAACGAAAAGCUCGGGAAGAGGCAGAAAAACAACGACUUGAAAUGGUUGAAAAACUCAAAAAAGAGGAGGAGGAAAGAAUUGCCAGGCGAAAACGCGUCGAAGCCAUUAUGUCAAGAACUCGAGCUAAGAAUCAACCAAAUUCAUCAAAUAAAUAUGAUGGCAAUGACGGUGAAAAGUCAAAAGAAACAAGCCCAAAUGAAGAGAUGAAACCAAAUCCAGGUCAGGAGGAUAAUAAAACGAGCCCAGAUCUUAUGACAGCUAGUCUCAUAUCUGAGGCAACUCAACAAUUUAUCACUGACGAGAAAAAAAACUCCUCAAUAAGUACGGCGACUGAUAAUAAUUCUUCCUCCGACGAAUCAAGUCAAAAGAGUAUAAGCAACGGCACACAUGUGGCUUCUAAUGGUAUUGACAGCAACAAUACCAGUGAAACUACAAUUAAUACUAUGACAAUUAAACCCACUCAAAACCUGCUAGACAACGUCGACAAUGGCCAGGAGUUGAACGGACACCACGGAAAUGGCAUCGACUCAACUCAACCAAAAAUUUCCCUCGACAACGCUACUGUUAAGCAGAACAAUGUGACGAAUAAUCUGCUUGACUUGUCGGAAUUUGACAUGCUGAGUGAUACCAAUAAUAGUAACAACACAAGCAAUCAAAUUUUGCUAAUGACUAACGAGGACAAUUUGAAUUCCAACUUAAACCCAGCAGCAAUGGAAUUUACUCCUAGUUUCGGUAUAGCUAACACAAAUUCUUUUCAUCAAGAUCCAUUUGUGAGCAAACAACAAGAUAAUCAGUUACCGGAUCUGUUAUCCUAAACUAGACUGAUUUUCUGUUACAAUGAUGAAAAUCUAGAUCAGAAAAAAGGGAUGGAAUUAAAAAAUGAAGCUGCUGAAGUUGAUCCAUAAACUUCAAUUUGAAUUUCGACGAUUCUGAGCAAGAGAUUAGCAUAUAAUUCUCUAUCAAUGGUUAUAUGCUAUCUCUGGUCGAGGUGCAAUAUUGUCGUAACCACCUAAAUGUUAUAAUUAUUAAAAGUUCUCAUUGCGAAUGUGCUUUUGUUGGAAAAUUAACUUUAUAGAGUACUGUGUAAAUACAUAAAUGGAUGCGACAAGUUGACAAUUGAAGAGAGGAAAUAACUAGCUAAACGGGCAUAGACGUGAACUAUGUGAUUAAUACACGGAUUAGCCAGUCAAUUUUUCUAUGUAGACUUCAAUUGCUCCAACACUCUGUAAAAAUGUGUAUGAACAUUGUUGAUGAUGCCCACACUGAAAAUAGUGUUAAUUAAUGAUUAUACAUUAGUGAAGUAAUAAUAAAUGUAUGUCGGUGUAAAAGUACUACAUGAAUUAUAUGCACACUCAAUUAAGUGAAAAGAUCAUUCGAUGCAACUACUAAUUCAUGGUUUAUUAGACAUUUUAUCACAAUGAGAAAAUUAACAUUAACAACAUAUUUAAUACUAAAAGACUAAUUUAGUAUUGGAUUAUCUUUGUAUGUAAAUAAAUGCACAUAUGUGUGUGAUAAAAAAAAAUUUAAGAAAAUCGCGCCUAAAAAAUUUACAUUAGCUUAAUUUUUGUUAAAAUAUAAUGGUACCAGUCAAGCAUGAGUAAUCUCUACUUCUAAAAGCAGAAAAAAUUUAUUUCAAGAUUUCUUAUGGAGUUCUAUUGUAACGGUAAAUUAAAUAUAUUAUAUUUCAGACACGUUAUGAUGAUCCGUUACGAUUGAUUUUUCUCUUAACUGUUUGUCUUUCUAUGGUUUAUUUAGGACUAAGCAUUUUUUUGUCUCAUAUAAAUAGUUGCAAUUUUAAACUUUUAUCUUUUUAUAAGGAAAGAACAUUGUAAAUUGUUGUGUUUACGAUUUUGUCAAAGACUCUUUUUAUACUUAGGUAUUUUGUUUCUUUAUUAAGAAUACAAUUAAUAAUGUACGUUAAAAUCUUUUGAUGAACGUUUAGCCUGAAAAAAAUUAAAUUUAUAAUACAGCAAUGAUAUUUUUUAGAAGGAAAACCAAGAGAAAAAUGUGUUACUUCGAUGUAUACCAGUUAGAAAUUUUUUAUUUAAUUUUUUUUGGGUACGCGCUCACUAGUCACAGUGAUUUUACUGUUUUUAUCACUCAGUUUUCGCAGAGACUACUAAGCGAGAUUGUAUAAAAUAGAAUGCAACGAAUGAAUGAAUUUUAAUCAAUUAACUAUUGUUUAUACGAUCAAUUUAGUAGAAUAAUAAUAAGAGAAUCCUUUUUUUCUCGUGUAAUUGAGAUGAUGUUGACAGGUUGGAAAAACUUUGUUACAUGAAAAGAUAUUGUAUUAUAAGUGAAGAAAUAUUUCGAUCUAGUGUGUGAUGCAAGCUAAAAUCGUGCAAAAAAUAGCAUUUUAGAAUUAAUAUUAUCUCUGUUUCGCGCCAAUUGCUAUUAUUUUAAAUAAAGGCAUUGCAAAAUUUAUGUUAAAUUUAUUAAAA